AUGGUUCAGCUUAUGUUGACCUUCGAUGGGGAGAAGCAGCAGCAGAUGAUGGAUAGAACGAUGGGACGAAAGCCAUUCACAGAGGGGUCCCAACAAGGUCCGAGACUGGGAACAUACCAAGGAAUGCCGCAAGAGAACUGUUGCCUCUUUGGAGGAUGUUGGCACAAUGCAACUGGGAGGAAUAGCCGCCCGGUGAUUGUGUGGGCAGUCGUUCCUCCGGGGAAUGACGAAAGAAGCAGCAGUUGUGGGAGGGUCUCGGUCACAGGGAAGAAGAGGAGAGGGAAGGGAGCAAAGAACGACUGCCCACCCACCCAAAAGAAAAUAAAAGCAGGCUUGUGGAUAAAGAAGCAAGUCCCCUGUGAUGAGGGAGGGGAAGGGAGAGGGGCACGAAGUACUACUACUAGACUAGAGCCUGUCUCUCCCGAUGGCAGGCACCACAGCAGCAAGCAACAGCAACAGCAACAGCACAAGCAGCAACCAAUCACCAUCCUUGACGCUGUGAAAGUGGAUACCCAACAGCCCCAUUUGGCCAGUGGGCUGGAAUGUGCAUCAUGGGCGCCAAAAGCACGCAAAUCAGAUGCCAGAUUCAUCCCAACAGCGGCAUGUCAGAGCCACCCCAUCCCAGCAUCCUCCUCCAUGCUUUCCUCCUCUUCCUUCCCUUCUUCCCCCUCCUCCAUCCUGGUCGUGGCAAGUAACCAGUCAGGUUCCGAUACGGCGACAAGGGGGUGGAGAACAGUCAUGAAAAUCAACUGGGGGGAGUCGAGGUCUUCCCCAAUUCCACAUUGGGGUCCUCUUCGGAGAAGUCAGGGUGCCACUGGGAAGGCUGCAAACGAUAGUUGGUCCAGGAACAAACCAACAGAGGCAGUGAAGAGAUGGUCCGUUCAGCCUCAACAGAAACCGGAGGUGAGGCUUGGGAUCAAAUAUGCCGGUGAGAAUAGUGACUCCAGGAAGAAUUUCAAUCCGUACACCGGUCAAACAAUUGCAGAGCUCGUAGCGACGGGUGUCCGACCCGCUGGGGAAGUGCACGGUUCGCGCAGGAAGAUGCGGAUGGCGAUUCAGCAGGGACCUCUCUCUGGCAUCGAGCCUAUGAGAAACAGGUAA